UACAGAGGCAGUCACACAAGAGUGGGUCCGGGAUAUUGGUCAGCAGGCAGGGCGAAUCAUUUUGACUGCAAACCACAAGAGUUUCGUAGAGUGGUGAAAGAAAUCACAUAUCCACCCCUUUUACAAGAGAGAAUAAGUUUUUAAAGAGGAAACCAUGGAUUCAAGCGGCAUAUUUGAGUCAUUUCCUUCUUACCAGCAGUGCUUCGUGCGAGAUACCAGCACCAGCCGCCGCUUCACGCCGCCCUCCACCACUCUGAGUCCGGGCAAGAUGAGCGACACGCUGCCGCUGGUGAGCCAGGAGAACAGCAGCGGCGCCCUGGUGGGCAAGCUGAGAAGCGCAGACCGCAGCAUGGUGGAAGUCUUGGCCGAUCACCCGGGCGAGCUGGUCCGCACCGACAGCCCCAACUUCCUCUGCUCCGUCCUGCCGACCCACUGGAGGUGUAACAAGACUUUGCCGAUCGCCUUCAAGGUAGUGGCAUUAGGAGAUGUCCCUGAUGGGACCUUGGUCACAGUAAUGGCUGGAAAUGAUGAAAACUACUCCGCAGAACUCAGAAAUGCCACUGCUGCCAUGAAGAAUCAAGUAGCAAGAUUCAAUGACCUGAGAUUUGUGGGUAGAAGUGGAAGAGGGAAGAGCUUCACUUUGACUAUCACAGUCUUCACAAAUCCUCCACAAGUAGCCACAUACCACAGAGCCAUCAAGAUAACAGUGGAUGGACCCCGAGAGCCAAGAAGACACCGUCAGAAAAUAGACGAGCAGACAAAGCCUGGGAGUUUGUCCUUUUCAGAACGUCUGAGUGAACUGGAGCAGUUGCGUCGCACGGCCAUAAGGGUCAGCCCACACCACCCAGCCCCCACACCUAACCCAAGAGCUUCCUUGAACCACACCACUGCUUUUAACCCUCAGCCUCAGAGCCAGAUUCAGGAUACAAGGCAACUUCAGCCAUCUCCUCCGUGGCCUUAUGACCCGUCUUAUCAAUAUCUGGGAUCAAUUGCAACUCCUUCAGUUCAUCCAGCAACACCCAUUUCACCUGGAAGGGCUAGUGGGAUGACAUCUCUCUCUGCAGAACUUUCAAGCCGACUGACAAGUGCUUCUGACCUAACAGCAUUCAGUGAUCCAAGAGUAGGAAUCGAUCGUCCUUUCCCUGCCAUUCCUUCGAUUUCUGAUCCUCGCAUGCACUAUCCGGGAGCAUUCACCUAUACUCCAACACCUGUCAGCUCAGGAAUAGGAAUUGGUAUGUCUGCCAUGACCACUGCCACCAGAUACCACACUUAUCUACCCCCUCCAUACCCAGGUUCUUCUCAGGCUCAAAGCGGCCCAUUCCAGACCAGCUCCCCUUCUUACCACCUCUACUAUGGAACAUCAGCAGGAUCAUACCAGUUCUCCAUGAUGUCUGGAGGAGAUCGGUCACCCCCACGUAUCCUUCCUCCUUGCACUAAUGCUUCCACAGGAUCUACUCUCCUCAAUCCCAACCUUCCAAACCAAAAUGAUGUUGUGGACACAGAAGGCAGUCACAGCAACUCCCCUACCAACAUGGCAACCACAGCAAGGCUAGAAGAAGCAGUUUGGCGGCCAUAUUGAAUUAUUGGUUCAGAAGUUUUAUCUGCUGAUGUCCAUGGUUUUCUCAUGAGCAGUUGAGGAUGCUGCCAUGUUUAUAGAUCACACCAAGAAGCAAACAGUCCAGAAGUCAGUGUUUCUAGGAAUGGUGUACUGAUGUUAUCCAACUGAUCUCGCUCAGUGAGGUGGUAAUAUUCCCAAAAAGUACACUUCUCCAAGGGCUGAACUUCUGAAGCUGAUGACAUUUUAAGAUGGUAUACUACUCACUCACUUUGUCUAUAGAAAUGGGGAAGGAUGCAUACUCAAUAUGUUUCCAGAGGUUGAGCCUUCAAAACUAGUUUUGGAGCUCCUCAAAGCUUUUUUUUUAAAGUGUUUUUGUUUGACAUCUAGUUUUGAGGCUUAAAGCCUGACACAAUCUUAAUGGGUUGAAUCAAUCAU